ACCAUUGGCGUUGACAACACUCGACAAUUCAAUUAGAAUUUUUUUUCUUUUGUGUAAAGUGGAUUUAUUUGGAGAAGAAUUACAAAGAUUUUUCAACGAAAUUAAUUACAUUUUGUGGAUAAAAAUGUGUUCGCUAAUAAAAUAACACCAACGGUUUAGCGUGCAAGCCGAAUAUUGUUCUUUGGAAUCGGCCAAAACGUCGAGAAAUUAACGAAAAUGAUUUGUGGGAUCGUAAUUGAACGCAAUUGAAACGAGAAAAACAGCAGCAAGAAAAAGAGAAGAAUAGAAACAAAAAAGGCAAAAGCAACGAUACGACAAGAAAAACAAUUUGAUUUCACGAUAUUUUUUCUACUAGAAACAAGAAAAAGAAAAAAAAGAAAAACAAAAUUAAGUGUGUGUUAAGAAAGGAAAAGCAAUUCAUUACAACAUAUUGGCAUUGUCCUCCUCCUUCUGAAAAAAAAAACGCUCAACACCCAGAGGGAAUUAGUUGAUCAAACAUUACAAACAUUGCGUAUAACUACAUGGGCAUACAAAUGCAACUUGUAAAUAGGAAAUUUGUUAUCAAACCUCAUCAGCAACAAGAUCAGCAGGAGCAGCAAAAGCAACAGCCGACGGAACAACAACAGCAGCAGCAACAGCAUCAAUCAAAUCAGCUACGAGAACGACAACAAAUAUUUGAUCCACUUUAAAAGAUUUCUUUGUUUGUAGGGGACCAAAAACACACAAAACAACAACAGCAGCAAGAAAAGAAAAAAGCGGCGACGACUGCAAACAAAAUACAACGAUAUCAUCUACGUAGAGUCAAGAAGAACCUCGGCAGCAAGUAACGUCAUAUAGCCACAAACAAAAAAAAAAAAAUAAGGAGAAACACCAACAAAUUCUGCCUGUGUAGGAGAACAAGACACGGCUGCCAUUAACACUGCAGGCAGCAGGUCACAGGCCCAUUCAACGAUUGGAAGCUCUGCAAACCUCUGCAUUUUUUUGGCCAUCUAUAAUGGAGUCUUUAAAAUGUAGCCGCCUUGUGACACCACUUCUGAUAGCCUGCACAUGUAUUUUAAGUCCAUUGCUGGAAGUUGAUGCCCACAUUUUGGUGUAUCGACGCAUUACCAAUCAGGUUCUUCUCAUUGAAGAAUACAAUGAUAUGCCUGCCCAAUUUGGACCCAGUCUCACAUCGAGCGGCAUUAAGGUGUUUGCGGUGCCAGCUGUACCCAGCGAUGCCUGUGACAAGAUAGCACCACCACCAACCCACAACCUUGGUUAUCCCAGCAAUGCAAAAUAUGCAGCCAUUAUACAAAGAGGCGGUGUGGAUUGUACAUUCGAGUUGAAGGUACGCAAUGCCCAGGCGGCACGAUUCGAUGCUGUGGUUAUCUACAACAAUAACAGUGAUGAUUUGGAACACAUGUCAGCCCAAAAUUCCAGCGGUAUUAUGAUACCAUCGGUCUUUGUUGGCCAUACCACGGGCAUGAAUCUGCGAUCAUUCUUUACACCGGAAAUUGUUUUGGUCAUAAACGAUGAGCUGCCAUUCAAUAUCAAUACCCAAUUGAUUUUACCAUUUUCCAUUCUAAUUGGUCUAUGUUUUCUAACAAUGAUAUUCUACAUGAUCUACAGAUGUAUACGAGAAGAAAGAAAUUUGCGUCGCUACCGCUUGCCCAAGCGCAUGUUGAAAAAGCUGCCCAUCAUAAAGUUUACGAAAAACAGCAACAUUGCCUACGACACUUGUGUGAUCUGUAUCGAGACAUUUGCCGAGGGUGAUAAAUUAAGGGUCUUACCAUGCAAACAUCCCUAUCACAGCAAUUGCAUCGAUGUUUGGCUAACCGAAAACAAGCGCGAGUGCCCAAUUUGCAAGCGUAAGGUUUUUACGAAAGGCGAAGCCCGAUCACAACGGAAUCGACAGUCUUCAUUGGAUAGUAUAGUGGAUACUGAUGACGAUACCGCCCCAUUGUUACAACAAUCGUCGCAGAGUUCAUUGACAACAACAAUGUCAUCGAACAACUCCACACGUCAUGGUACAUUUCAACGGGGCUCCACACCGGGUGGUGGUGCAGCAGAUGUUACAUCGGAUGAUGAAAAUAUGCUAUCAUCAACCCCUGCUCGUCGCAUAAAUCCCUUUGACCGUUCACCAAACCUACCACCCCACUUGGCGGCUCAACUUAACAGUGAUGGCUCCAGAAGUAUUUGGUCCCUACCAAUAUUCAGAUGGUUUAGACGCAACCCAACCACAAUUAGUGUGGCAGCACCACCCUAUCAUGAGGAUAUACUGAGUGAUGUCAUAGCUGGUGAGCCUACGGCCAAUGCAAAUGCCUCUACCAUGGACGGCAGUGUGGCAGCGACGCCACGCUCCCAAUCGAUAGCUACACAUUCGUCAAAUAAUGUUCUAAAUCCGAAUUUAAGUGGUUCAUUUAAGGAGGAAGACGAUGAUGAGCCGCCGUUACAGUGUAUAUAUGAACCGGCUAGUGUUGUGGUGACUAGCGAUCCCAUAGAUCAGCCACAGGCCAGUGGCACUGUAGAUAAUAGCCAACAACCGGUUGUGGAGAAUGAAACAGAUUCGGUUUUUAUACAAACACCUACCCAAGGUGGCAUAGCUGUGGCUGCAUUGCCCCGAGAUAGCAAUGAUGAACCAGUACACACAUCCCAUGCCACCCGCAGUAAUACGGCAAGAUUUUGGUAAUGGACAAAAAAAAAGAAAACGAUUAGAUUUUUGUUUGUUGUAAAGAGGGAGGCGGAGGAGGAGUAGGGCGGAGGAGUUGGGAGCUUAAGCUAAAUGUAUGCAAAAUUAUUUAGUCAUUUUUUAUUUUUAUUACUCUGUUGUUGUAUUUUGCCAUGGCUUCCCCUUUUGAUAAGGUUUUUGUUUUUUUGUUUUCCAAGGAAACAAACAAUUCGUCCUUCCUCCUUUCUUAGAAACCAACUUUAUUAACAAAAAACAGAAAACAGAAUAAAUAUUGUGAUUUAUAUAAAACCGUUGUAUUGGUUUAAAUUGAAAAGAAACAAAAGAAAAAAAAUAAGAAUUAAAUAUAAAUAUUAAAAUAAUUAAAAAGAAAUUAGCUUACCUACCUAAAAAAAGUGUUAAGAAGAAAAAAAAAAAAAAAACAAU